GACGUUUGCCCGGGCAGGGGCAUGUGCUCCAAGAGAAAGCUAGGUUCGGGAGUUGAACCCGGAGAAAGACGUCAACGACAGGGGCAUUUGGUGUUUGCAGACUGACGAUGUUUGGAAGAAGAAGAAUUGAUAAACCAUUGUUGUGAAACAAAACAACCACCCAAAACCUGGAUUGGUCCUAAAAUCUAGCCAUCGCUUUUGAUCGGACUCUGCCGCCGUCAAGCUACCCCUACCUUAAUCAAGAUUACCAGCAAUACACUAUGAAUAGUCGCACAAAGCAUCUCAGCUGUCCCGCGCACGAGAUAAUUGAUCCAGCAGUUCCAACGCGGCGGAUAGCGGCACCAUCUCAGCGUCAGCUCAUCACCUAACGGCCAAUCCGGUGAAGCUCGGGGGGCCGUUGAGACAAGACACUACUACUUGUGCCCAACCAGACAGACGACCAAGGAAUUUCCAUCAUUCGCAUGUCCGACUUGAAAUUUUCAUACCCUUCACAAUGUCUCAAAGCGCAAGCUUUUCGUCUGACCAUAUCCCGGACAUUUCGGAUUUUUACCCUGAAAAAUGGACCAUCAAGUUCGUGAACGAGGGGGCGGCGAACCUGGUCUUUGAGGUGAGAUUACCACCAAGUCCACCAAGCACGACAGGAAGCCACGCGAACGGGCACAGCGAUAUCUUCCAGGGACACCUCCUGCGCGUCCCAAAAGCUGGCGCCAAGACAUUUCCGUACCCAGAGUUACUGCAGUAUUGGGAUUCAACCAUCACGCCCCUAUUCCCACCCGAAAAUCUGGUACAACAUCAACUAGUCAAACUGGGCCAAAGCCCAUCCAAAGUAAUCACUAUUCUUGAUGAGCUUCUUGCCAAAGCGGAAUCCGGCCGCCGCAAGGACUUCCGUGGCACCCGAGUACUCCCGGAUGCCCAGUAUGGCAUGCUGAUAGAGGAUAUGCGUUCUCAAAACCCAAGUGAUUAUUUUGUCGAGUUCAAACCAAAGUGGCUUUCGCCUUCACCAUCGCAGCGCACACGCUGCCGCAACUGUGCCCGGGAAGCCUACCGUGAUCACCUUGAUCCCUCCCACCACAAGGCUCACCGCCUGGGCAUCCUCUGUCCCCUGGACUUCAUCGCCUGUCGGAGUAACCGGGGGAGUUUGGAAAACGUCUUGAAGCACAUCGUCCCUGCGUCAGCCUCGCCGUCUCAUCGCAAUCACCUCGCCGACUGGUUGAGGACCAACAGUCUCCUGCCACUCCUGCAGCAAGCCCAGGCGAAACAUGAUCCGAGCCAGGGUGUUAACCUGGAGCUGGCAAUGACGCUCCGGGACUGCAGCCUGUUUCUCAGGAUAUCCACCCCCCAAGAUGGAACAGGGCAACCGACGAGGAUAGAAGCCAAACUAGCCGACCUCGACAAAAAGAACGCCGCCAAGAAGAAGAAGCACUGGGAAGAGCUCGAGCGGGAUCUUGUGGAAGGCGGGUUCUACGAGGGAAAGGAGCAGCCAAGGGAGGAGACGGACUGUUUACUUGAGCGCGCAGCUAAUUGAUUGAGUUCGUGCUUUCUUCUUACAACGACCCCAAAAACUUCCCAACCCUCUCCACCAACCACUUUUCCCCCUCUGGGUUUUCCUCCGUGUUAUCAACCCGGUGAUUCGCCCCCGGGAUCAACCCGCUGAACUCACUCACAACCCCCGGCUUGCAAAAGCUCGCCCAUUUUUGAACCGUGCUUUGGACUUGUGCCGGCUUGAAGGGCACCCACUCGUCCUUUUCUGAGGGCAGGAUCAACACCGGUGUUUCCAGCUCUCCCCAGAUGGUCUUGAGCUCCUCGUCGGAGAAGUCGGAGCUGAAAAAGUCGUCGUCUCCCCUGUGUUUGUCAAGUCAGCCACUCCUUCUUGUCACCUACCCACAACAUCAUCAGAAGAACCAUACCCUUUCGUAGCGAGGGAUAACCACCGAUAAGCAGUAACUGGACUCCCCUUCCAACCGUCAGGCAUGUCGUCUAGAUCAAUUACAUGCUCCCCUUUCCCCUCCUCUGCCAUCUUUUUCGCGACCGCGAUACUGUUCUCCAACUGUGCCGGGCAACAGCUCAUCACCAACGCCUCCCUGUCGCUCACGGGGCCUUGGAGGACAAUCCCAUCAACCUUCUCCUCCGGCUCUAGUUCUCCCAGUUUGGUGCAGUAGAACAUGCAAUCCUGACAACCGGUGGAAUGGCCCAUCAGCACGAUCGUUUGUUUCUUGAGCUCAGAGCGGAGGUAGCGGACUAAAGACGAGAUUUCGGCGCAGUCUUGAGAGAGGGAGGAGUACCCGAAGGCGGAGAAGGAGGAGGUGAGACGGGCUUGGAAGAGGGAGAAGCCUAGGG